ACAUGCCAUCCCUACCUAUUAUUGCUUGCUACGCAGCACCCAAUUAUUGCCUACUCCUUUCCUCUUCCUCCAUCCGCUCACUUCUCCGUCUCCACUCUCCCAGCAGCACGCAUGACAAACACCAACGAGAGAGACGAGCAUCAUAGCUAGCAGAGGGCAUCGAUCCAUCCAUGGAGGUCGUGGUGAGCGCCUCCCAUGGCGUGAUGGGUCCCCUGCUGGGGAAGCUUGCCGACUUGCUCGCCGGCAAGUACGGCCGCAUACGAGGGGUCCGCGGUGAGAUCCUUUCCCUCCAAGCUGAGCUGACCAGCAUGCAUGCCGCGCUCAAAAACUACACCAUGCUAGAAGACCUUGAUGUCCAGGUGAAGGCGUGGAUAUCGCUGCUCAGGGAGUUGGCCUAUGAUACCGAGGAUUGCAUCGACAAGUUCAUCCGUCGCCUCGGCAAACGCAGGCGUCGGGGAGGCUUCAAGGAGCUCCUCCGUGAAACCACUCGCUUCCUCAAAUCGCUCGAUUCUCGCUCUGGAAUUGCCGACCAGAUCGACGAGCUCAAGGCCCGCAUCAAGCAUGUCAAAGAGCUCAAGGAUUGUUACAAGCUGAGUGAGAUUCCGUGCAGCAAGACCGAGCAUGCGGCCGUGGAUCCUCGGCUGUGUGCUCUGUUUGCCGAGGAGGCACACCUUGUGGGUGUGGAGGGUCCAAGAGAUGAUCUUGUCAAGUGGAUGUUGAAAGAAGAAACAAACAACUCCACCAAGGAUCGUAAGGUGUUGUCAAUUGUUGGAUUUGGUGGAUUAGGAAAGACAACACUCGCAAAUGAGGUCUAUCGCAAGAUUCAUGGGAAUUUCGAUUGUCAGGCUUUUGUAUCGGUCUCACAAAAGCCAUAUAUAAAGAAUAUUAUAAAGGAUGUAAUCUCUCAAGUGCCAUGCCAAGAUGGAUCCACAAAAGACACAAGUGAUUGGGAUGAAAAGAAGUCCAUUGCGAAGCUAAGAGAACUGCUUCAAGAUAAAAGGUAUCUUGUCAUAGUGGAUGAUAUAUGGUCUACUCAAGCAUGGAACAAUAUCAAGUGUGCUUUUCCAUACAAUAAUUGUUCUAGCAGAAUUAUAACUACUACACGCAUUAUUGAUGUGGCAAAAUCAUGUUGUCCUGGUAGUGAUGACCGUGUAUAUGAAAUGGCAGCCCUAAGUGAUCUUCACUCCAAAAGAUUGUUUCUCAAAAGAAUUUUCGGCUCUGAGGACCACUGCCCUGAUAUGCUGAAAGAAAGUUCAAAUGAAAUCCUGAAAAAAUGUGGAGGCCUACCACUGGCAAUUGUUAGUAUAUCUAGUUUGUUAGCAAAUAGACCAGCUGUCAAGGAGGAGUGGGAGAAGAUUAGAAGAUCAAUUGGUUCUGCACUGGAAAAUAACCAGAGUUUGGAGGGAAUGAGUAAGAUACUAUUACUUAGCUACAAUGAUCUUCCACCUAAUCUCAAGACAUGUUUAUUGUAUUUAAGUGUAUUCCCCGAGGAUUAUGUGAUUGAUCGAGAGAGGUUAGUGAGGCGGUGGAUAGCGGAAGGAUUUAUCUCUGAAGAGCGUGGACAAAGCCAGCAAGAAGUCGCUGAGAGAUACUUCUAUGAGCUUGUCAACAAAAGCAUGGUACAGCCUGAGGACAUCGGCUAUGAUGGCAAGGCUCGUGCUUGCCGAGUCCAUGACAUGAUGCUAGAAAUUAUUAUUUCAAAAUCAAAUGAACAUAAUUUCAUCAUUGUGAUAGGUGGUGGCCAAACAAGUUUAGCAAAUCGUCAAGGUUUUAUUCGGCGACUAUCAAUCCAGCACAUUGAUCAUGAGCUUGCACAUUUACUCGCACAAGAAGAUCUAAGCCAUGUUCGAUCUCUGACAGUAACAUGUUCAGCUUGCAUCAAACACUUGCCUAGUCUUGCUAAAUUUGAAGCUCUACGUGUACUGGAUUUUGCAGGUUGUGAGGGUUUGGAAAAGUAUGAUAUGAAAAGUAUUGGCAAAUUGUUCCAUCUAAAGUACCUAAACUUUCCAGCCACGAGAAUUCCAAAGCUACCGUCAGGGAUCGUGUUGCUACGUGACCUAGAGACACUACAUUUUGGAGCUACACCAGUGGAAGAGUUGCCCACUGGAUUCGCUCAGCUGACCAAACUACAACACUUAAUUGGUGGAGGUUGGACAAUUAUACCAAAGAAGAUUGGAAAUAUGAGGAACUUACGGGAGAUAUCAGGCUUUAGUGUUACCAAGAGUCCAGCAGAUGUGGUGGAGGAUCUUGGGAACCUGCCAGGUUUGGAGGAAAUUGAUAUAUAUCUCAAUGGUGGAGAAUCUGACGAGUUCAGGAGGCAUGAAGAAAUGUUACUUUCCUCACUGUGCAAGCUUGGUAGCUGCAAGCUCCGGUCUUUAAGGAUAAGAGGGAACGAUGGUUCCCUCGAAUUCUUAGGGUCUUGGUCCCCAUUGCCAUUUACCCUUCAAGAAUUUCAUAUGGUCGGUGACUACUAUUUCACGAAAGUUCCAGAGUGGAUUGCUCCAGCACUCACCAGCCUUUCUUUCCUAGACAUCAAUUUAGCUGAAUUGACAGAGGAGGGUCUGGUCACUCUUGGAGAGCUCCCAGCUUUACUUCACCUUGUACUGUGGUUUAGAAAAAUACCUGAUGAUAGGGUUAUAGUCCGAGGAUUCCCAAGUCUGAAGCAGUUUACCAUCUAUAGUAAUGAUGCGUCAGCAUACGUCACAUUUGUCAAAGGGUCCAUGCCCAAGCUUAAGAAGCUUGAUUUUCUUAUCAAUGUAUCAAUGGCAAAAACAUAUGGCUUCUAUUUAGGCAUUGAGCAUCUCACAUGUCUUAAACAAGCAACGGCAAGGCUUGACAAUAAGGGCGCUACACCUUCCGAGAGAAAGGCUGCAGAGGCUGUGAUCAGGGUUGAAGCAGGUGCCCAUCCAAACCAUCCCGCAGUUACUAUUUGUGAGGAAUACCAGUGUUCUGAAGAGGACAGUGAAGACAUUUGUGGUGACGAGAAAAAGAGCAAGGAAGAUGGUGGCACUGAUGAGAAUUAAGAUGCUCAUCUUCCGAGUGGAACGAUCCUCAUCACCAACUGCAAGAGGAUGAUGUGCGGUUGGCUGGGUUACUUGGAGAUUUGGAGUGCCAUACUAAAGGAAGGCCUGGAAAUAAGAAGCUGUAGCAGGGUGAUGGUCACAUUCAGAAAGACGGCGAUAGUGGUCUGGUUGCUAAUUGCUACGUUGAAUUCCUAUUGUUCACUUUUCAUAAUUAUUAGGGCACAACCUCUCUGUCUUGGCAUUUCUGUUGAAUACUCUUCUAGAUAGAGAUAUAAUAUUGAUUCUGGCUUUGCUCGCUCGAGAAUUAAGCUAUAUAUGUUUGCAUUUGGGACCCCUGCGGCAAAAUGACGCGUUUGAUUGCCUUUCUUGCUUACCUUCUGCGAUUAUGACUCAAGAGUCAAGACUGUAUUUUUGCUUAAAAACUUGUGUUUUGUUUCAGGUAGUUCACUAUUGUAAUGUCGAUUUGAAUUCUGAAUUAUUUCUGCUGAAUACUUUGUGAUGAUGGAAAUGUAAUAUUGAUUCUCUCUU